CACCCUUGUUCUUGCCACAGUGGUUGCAACCGUUUGAUUUCCGUGAUCUUUUUUCUUCCUUUGCUCCCUUUGUUUCCUUUGCACGACCAAAACGUCCUCUUUCUUUUUCUCCACUAUUACAAACCGCCAUGACAGCUGCAGCAUCUCGAAAACGAAAUCGAUCACCGGUUCCUGAAAGUGCACACACGAUCCGUGAUUAUAAACGGGCCCGUCCGCAAGAAGUGCUCACUAGUCUCACUACCAUUCUAGAAGACAUCAAAUCCACCCCUUCCUCAGCAGAGAUCUCUUCAGAUAAACUCGAAACGCUGAAACACCUGUUACUUCACAUUGAACACUUGGCAUCCGAUGAAACCAACAUGGAAGCAAAGCAAAUGAGAGAUGAAAGCGAUCGAUGUCUCGAAAAUUGGUUUGGCGAUUUACUAGAGCAAUGUGAAGCCGAUGGAUUUACCGAGUGGGAUUUAGCCUAUGAGGAUGACGAAGACGAUAUUGACCUGCUGGCUUUGGCAUUAGCCUGGGAAGAUUCACAGCAAGACGCUCAAGGUGAAGAUCACCAAGACGACGAAGAAGACGAAGACGAAGAAAUCAUCAUUGUAGACGACGAUGAUCUUGGUGUACCAGGACAAGCCCAGCUUAUGUAUGCCUCAUCAUAGUAUCAAUAAGGAAACAGCCCGAAACUCCCUUUGGUUCCGUCCUCUCACAUAGCCUUAAAACUUUCCCUUUUUACUUCACACCUUUUUUUUCUUUUUUCGUGACCAAACC